GGCUGCAUCACCUGCAAGGCAAAACGAUUGAAAUGUGACGAGUCAAAGCCAACGUGCCUUCAAUGUAAGAAGCGGAAGGUAGAGUGCGGGGGGUACAAAAAAGACUUCAAAUGGCGUCCUUUUGAAGACACUAACAUCGGCUGCAAAAAUGCGUCUGUAAGAAGCAAGAAAGCUACUUCGUCACCGCCGGGCCGGAAGUCUAGUGUCGACUUCUCAACAUCUCCUGAUUCACAAUCUACAGAAGGAUGGUCGAAGUCACUAUCCGAUGCUUUGCUCCUAUCCCCACCGAGGAGUGGCAAGUCUGCACUAACCCUCGGCAUCUCUAGAGAGGAUGAGCCGACUUCAAAAUCUGCAGGAUCGAAUCUAGUCCAGAAACAACACCUCUUUAUCCCUGCAGAGGAUCUGAUGUGCCCAUUGGAUAUGGGAGGCCUCGAUGAAAGCACCCUGGCCCCCUCUCUAACAGAUAUUCCACCCUUGGAGCCCUCUUCUUAUACCUCCGACACGUCAAUGUCUAACCCAGGAAUGCAACCAAGACCAGUCCAACAUGGCUUUUUUGACGACGAAAGCCCACAGAUGCACCAAAGUUUCAGUUUUGAGGCCUUGCUAGAGGUCGAGGAUGAUGACAUCGAGGAGAUUAUACAAAGGUCGGAACAGCCUUUGAGAUCGAGUCUCCUGAAUAGCACAGAGUGCAUCAACCCUGCUCUCUCCAGCAAUGCAACAGUGACUCCCAAGAUUCUCUCUGAGCCUAGAUUCAGCAUAGUCAGUCCCGAAAUGUUGGUGUUGCAGUUUGACAGAUUCACUUGUGGAAUUCUGUCUGUGAAAGAUGGUGCCCAUGAGAACCCGUGGCGGACACUAGUCUGGCCACUAGCCAAGGAAACACCGGCGUUAUACCAUGCUGUCUUUUCUCUGGCAGCGUUCCAUUCAAGCAAGGAGUAUCCCGGUCUCAGGGUUCAUGGAAUGGAGCAUAUGCGGAAGAGUAUCACCCACAUGGUGCACGACAUACAGAACAUGAGGGCAGAUGCAGCUUUGGCUACGAGUCUUGCGCUAGCAUUUGCGGAGACCUGGGAUCAGCACACGCGCACAUGUAUCCAGCAUUUGCGGGGAGCCAAAGCAUUGGUGUCACAGGUUGUGGGGUUUGGUCUUCAGAGCGGGAUGUGUGGCAGUGACCUGGAUAGAAUUCGGUUUCUGUAUAACACCUGGCUAUAUAUGGAUGUGAUUUCUCGCCUGACGUCCCAGGAGGAAUCCGGGGAUCAGGAGGUAGAUACUUCUGUUUUUCAGUCACCCAAGGAUGCCGUGCACGAGAUCGAUCCCCUCAUGGGCUGCGCGACCACUCUGUUCCCGUUGAUCCACCAGGUCGCACGCUUAAUUCAGCGAGUCCGCAAAACAGAUUCCAACACCCUCUCCAUUGUGUCGCAGGCUAUAGAAUUGAAAAGCCUCGUCGAACAAUGGGAACCCCCCAGUUGCUUCGAGCCCCCAGAUGACCCAACGUCGGAAGUACAGCAUAGUAUCCAAACCGCACACGCUUACCGCUGGGCGACCCUCCUGUAUCUUCACCAGGCAGUCCCUGAAAUGCCCUCCGAGUCAGCAUCGGAGCUAUCCAAGCGUGUCCUAAUGCUGCUCGCGACCGUCCCGCCCAGCUCCCGUACUACCAUUGUUCAAAUGUUCCCUCUUUUGGCGGCUGGGUGUGAAGCAGAACAAGAGGAGGAUCGGCAAUGGGUGCUUGACCGUUGGCGAGCAAUUCAAUCACGCCUCAUGCUUGGGUCUAUCGAUCGUUGCAUCGACAUUGUUCAUGAGGUCUGGGAUCGCCGUGAUGCGGCAGAAAAUGGCACCCGAGGACGACACACUCGUGGCCUUAGACAACCGAACCACAUGACCACACCAAAGUCUGUAGCUGACCGAGGACCUCGCAUGGGCCAUGGGCCAGGUGGUCCUGGUUUCAACCGCAACUGCGCCGAGCCUUGGAGGAAACCGGGUGUGGCCGAACGGGGACCGACCAAGGGUUCUUCAGCGAAGCCACGGCGGAGCUCCGCAAUAUCUCCAUUAGAAAACAUAGAAUUUGACCGAACCGUGCGUGGAAGCCUGCAUUGGGUCAAUGUGAUGCAGGAGUGGGGUUGGGAAGGUAAGCUCUUUUUUGCGCAUUAUUCUGGUUCUCAUCUUGUGCCAUGUUCCCAACAGAACCUUUCUGUUUAUGAUCUUGUGACGAACGUUGGCUCAUAUGUACAGUGUUUUUGGGAUAAUCCCACUUGA